AUGUCGACGGGGGCACCGUCACCUAGCGUGGAGUCAAUCCCUCCUUCUAAACACAACCAUGGCCACGGUCACAGUCACGGUCGCGGCCAUUCUCGAGCCAACCGAUGGUCACAACCUCCACCCCUCCCCCGUCCAACCGAAGCCCACCUUCACGAGCUUCCCGAGCCGAUCAACGCCUUAAACGCGAGUUAUUCUUACGGACAUACACAUCAAGAUUCUGGUUACAGUCAUCAAACUCAUGCGCACGCCCAUUCGCAUUCCAGUACGCUCCCCAACUACGACCACAGUCAUAGCGUGUCAUCUAUUCAUCAUGAUCAUCACGAUGGUCAUGACCACCACAACCAUCAUGCGCAUGACCACGGUGCAAAAUGUUCCAAUGAGUCUUAUGGAAUUGCAUCCGCGGGCAUACAUCAAGAGGCUGCUCGCCCCUCCGAGAAAACUCAGGAACUGUUGACCGGUGCACUUAUCGUGUUACCAUGGGUUGCAUUAUCGUGGUAUCAAAGACAAUAUACCCAAGGAAAGAACACAGCGAGCGAAAAGAUCCCCGAGGCCACAUCUAGCAUACACAUUACGCAUGUCAACCAGAAGGCUUGUCUGUUGACUGCUAUAACCCUACUCAUCUUCGGUGGCGGCCAAAUACUACGGUCUCGUUCAUCAAGCCACUCUUCUAUCAACUUCCCAGCCACCAAUGCAAAGAGUGCACAAGCCUUGGUUUCUCAGAUCCUUUCGGUUGGGAUGCCCAUUUUCGCAGCAUUGAAGAUCGGGGGCUUUCUAGUUGCGUUUGCGCUGCUUCUAGCAGCAGCAUCGGGGGUUCCAACAGCACUCGAAAGAGACCCACGUAACAAGGAACAAUAUAGUCGGAAGAUGUUAUCAGUUGCACUCCUUGCCGUUGCCGUCAUAUCGAGUGUUCUCGUUCUGAACAAUCCGUGGGACUCAUCUCCAGUUAUGGGGUAUAUCGCCUUGUUGGGAUCAAUCUUUGUCAUUCCUCCCCCAUUCCCCUCUCUGCGUUCUACAGGGCCCAUUCCUGAGCCGGGGCUUGUUGUCCCCCAAGCCAAGUCCACGGGCCAUGAUCACUCGGCUGUCGUCAUCACAACUGAUGCACCAUUGGCUGUCAUUUCCGGUGCUUCCCUUGCACUAUCGACUAUUGUACUCAAUCAAGGUUUUGCCUUUGAUGUCUCGGAUUUGGUUUACAUCGGUAUCCCUACGGGUCUAUUUGCUGUCUCCCUUAUGACCUCGCAACCUGCGAGUCUCCGCUCGCCAGCCAAGUCUGGACUUGCAGUCUUUGCCGGGAUUGCAGCUUUGCUAUGUGCACCACAUUCUCAAGAUGACUUGCUCGUGGUUUAUUCUACGCGUAUCAUGUUCGCGAUGGCCGCUUUCUUUGCUUCGCGAAGAGAUGACAGUCAUUUGCACGUAGAUGCGCAUACCCACAACCAUUCUCACAGCCACAGCCAUUCGCACGCCACCUCAGAAUCCACCGGAAUAUCCAAAUGGCUGCUUCAAAAGAGCGAAUCAUACCCACUGCUACACAGCAUUCUGAAGGAGAAGGACUCACGUAGUAUCUUCUACUUCAUGUGCCUGAACUUCACUUUCAUGCUUGUUCAGCUAUCAUAUGGAUUCCUGACUGGAUCAUUAGGACUUCUCAGUGACAGUAUUCACAUGUUCUUCGAUUGCCUGGCGUUGGUUGUUGGUUUAUGUGCUGCGGUCAUGAGUAAGUGGCCGCCAAAUGUUCGGUUCCCCUAUGGUUAUGGGAAAGUAGACACCCUGUCAGGGUUUGCCAAUGGCAUUUUCCUCAUGAUCAUUAGCGUGGAAAUUAUCUAUGAAGCGGUGGAACGUCUUUCCUCAGGCAGCGAGAUGCAUCGCAUUGGUGAGCUGUUAGCGGUCAGUGUUGCGGGCCUCGCCGUCAACCUGGUCGGAAUCUUCAGCUUCGAGCAUGGUCAUGCGCACCACGGUCAUGAUCACGGCCACGACCAUGGAAAUGAGAAUAUGCACGGCAUUUUCUUGCACAUUCUGGCCGAUACCCUUGGAUCAGUGGCUGUUGUGAUCUCGACCAUCCUUGUGCACUACUCUGGGUGGUCAGGCUACGACCCAUUGGCCUCAUGCUUUAUUGCCAUACUCAUCUUCGUAUCGGCGGUUCCUCUGGUGUGCAGCACAGCCAAAACCCUGCUCCUUACCCUGCCAGCCGAUACUGAAUACAACGUUCGAGAAACCCUUUCGGGAGUCAGUACCUUACGAGGCGUGGUCAGCUAUACGGUGCCCAAAUUCUGGCUUGAUGACACUGGCGCAGCGUCGUCUGGACAUGGCCAUUCUCAUGACCAUGCUCAUGACCAUGCCAGCCAUGGAGGUUGUGGGGGCGGCCAUGAACAUAGCCAUAGCCACAGCCACAGCCACAGCCACAGCCAUCAUGACCAUGACCAUGACCAUCAACACGGUCAUGCCCACGAUCACGAUCACGAUCACGACCAUGGCCAUGAGAAGAAGCCUCAAAAUGUGUUUGGAGUGAUUCACGUCAUUGCUUCACGAGGCGCAGAUCUGGAAGAUGUACGUCAACGAACUGUGGACUUCCUCCGAGAAAAGAACGUGGACAUCCUGGUUCAGGUCGAGCGGGACGGCGAUGCGCGCUGCUGGUGUGGUGUCGGAAGCAAAGGCUUCUGA